GUGGCGAUGGGGCGCUGCGCCGGCCGCGCUCGCUGACGGGCGUGCACAGGCGAACCCGGCCGCAGCAUGUACGCCAAGGGGAAGGGCUCCGCCGUGCCCUCGGACAGCCAGGCCCGGGAGAAGCUGGCGUUGUACGUGUACGAGUACCUGCUGCAUGUGGGAGCCCAGAAAUCGGCACAGACCUUCCUCUCAGAGAUCCGAUGGGAGAAGAACAUCACGCUGGGGGAGCCCCCGGGGUUCCUGCACUCCUGGUGGUGCGUGUUCUGGGACCUGUACUGCGCGGCGCCGGACCGCCGGGAGACGUGUGAGCACUCCAGCGAAGCCAAGGCCUUUCAUGACUACAGUGCCGCGGCAGCCCCCAGCCCCGUGAUGGGGAACAUGCCCCCGAACGAUGGGAUGCCAGGAGGACCCAUGCCACCCGGUUUCUUUCAGGGACCUCCGGGCUCUCAGCCAUCACCGCACGCACAGCCUCCACCCCACAACCCCGCCGCCCCCAUGCUGGGGCCCCACAGCCAGCCUUUCAUGUCUCCUCGCUACCCCGGCGGCCCCCGGCCCUCGCUCCGCAUGCCGAACCAGCCGCCCGUGGGGGUCCCGGGUUCCCAGCCGCUGCUGCCCAACAGCAUGGACCCCAGCACGAGAUCGCAGGGGCAUCCGAAUAUGGGGGGCCCGAUGCAGCGGAUGAACCCCCCGCGAGGCAUGGCGGGGAUGGCUCCUCAGAACUACAGCAGCGGGAUGCGGCCCCCACCCAACUCGCUGGGCGGCCCUGGCAUGCCCACCAUGAACAUGGGCCCAGGAGGGCGAGCGCCGUGGCCAAACCCCAACACCAACUCUAUCGCGUACUCCUCCUCGUCACCCGGAAGCUACGUGGGCCCUCCAGGAGGCGGCGGCCCCCCCGGAACCCCCAUCAUGCCCAGCCCAGGAGACUCCACAAACUCCAGCGAGAAUAUGUACACCAUGAUGAACCCCAUCGGGCCCGCUGGGAACCGGCCAAACUUCCCCAUGGGGCCUGGCCCCGAUGGGCCCAUGGGAGGCAUGAACGCCAUGGAGCCCCAUCACAUGAAUGGAUCCUUAGGCUCUGGCGACAUGGACGGGCUGCCAAAGAGCUCACCGAGUAACAUGGCCGGGCUGAGCAACCCGCCCGGGACUCCACGGGACGACGGCGAGAUGAGUGGCACCUUCUUAAACCCCUUCCAAAGCGACAGUUACUCGCCCAGCAUGACAAUGAGCGUGUGAUCGGCUCGGACGUCCCGGCGCAGAGAGCCAGACGCCCCCGCGGUUCUAAACUAUUU